AUGUCCACCGAUCAAAAGUCGGAGUCGAGCCAUCUCGAGGUAGUGGACCAGCAGGUACGUCGACAAGACACUGGAACCCUGGAGAUCCACGACCCGGCUAGCCAGCAUGGCCGUUCGACAUGGCAGGCACUCCGGGCGAAUCCGGUCGUGGUUCUGUUCUGUCUGUAUGGCAAUAUCGGGGCGUUGAUGUAUGGGUUCGAUAACCUGGUUCUGUCGCUGGCGCUGUCAAUGACUGCUUUUGAACAAGCAUUCGGAACGCUCACGAACGGGUCAUACGUGAUCCCCGCAUACUGGCAGUCCCUAUGGAACGCCCUUUCGCAAGUCGCGACGAUGCUGGGAUCAACAGCUGCGGGUCCCAUCCAGGACAGAUUCGGACGUCGAGCAGCAUUCCUCGUCGCGGCGUGUCUGUCUGCUGCUGGCAUUGCAGUCGUGUAUACGGCGUCGACUCCGGGCGUCUUUCUCGCAGGGAAGAUUGUCAAUGGCUUGUCGUUGGGUUUGGCUCUGACGACUGGGCAAACUUAUAUUUCGGAAAUUACCUCACUCGAGGUGCGAGGUAUUGCCCUUUCGGGGUAUACCUUUUGCAUGAACCUGGGAUAUCUGAUCGCCGCAUCUGUGGCUCUACCGCGAAUGUCAAUGUCCACCGACGCUGCAUACAAGGUUCUCUUCGCCUCCGGCUGGGUCUGGCCCGGUGUCAUCCUCCUUUUUCUUCCAUUUAUACCCGAAUCCCCAUACUUUCUCGUGAUGAAAGGCCAGCGCGAAAAGGCUGGCCGCAUGCUAUCCCGAUUAGGCAAUCCUGCCUCCGAGACGCCGCUCAUUCUCGCAGACAUAGUCCGCACACACGAAGAAGAGCAACAACGCAACGAAGCAGCCAAGGAGGCCAGCUUCCUGGAAUGUUUCAAGGGAGUCAACUGGCGCCGCACGCGGAUCAUCCUCUAUUGCAAUGCUCUGUCGCAAGUGAUUGGGUCCAGCUUCAUGACUAACGGGCCGUACUUUCUCGUACAAGCGGGCAUGUCCUCUGCUAAGACGGGAAUGAUGACGGAGAUAGGUAUUGCGUUUGGGAUUGCCAGUUCCCUGAUCACGGGGUACGUGAUGACCGUUUGUGGGAGACGAGCGCUGGUCAUGUUCGGCAUUGGGCUCUCGACGACGCUGUUCACGGUUAUGGGAAUUGCAGGGUGUUUUCCACACUCGAGUCCGGCGUUAUGGGUGGUCGGCAUCUUCCUCGAACUCUCCUGGUGGGUAUACGGUCCCGCCAUCGGCCCAGCCAUGGCCAUUGCAGGUGAAGUCUCGUCAGUGCGACUGCGCGCCAAGUCACUGGCCAUCGGCUUCACAUUCAACUAUUUCUUCUCGACGGUGUGGAACGUGGCGAUGCCGUACCUAUAUAACAGUGAUGAGGCAGAUCUAGGUGGAUUGAUCGGGUGGAUCUUUGCGGGCAUGGGAGCUGUCACAAUGUUGAUUCUGUUCUUUGAACUGCCUGAGACUAAGGGGAGGAGCUUUGAGGAGCUGGACGAGAUGUUUGCGGCGAGGGUGCCGACGAGGCAAUUUAGAAGGUAUCAGUGUGAGGUUGGGUUGGGGUAUGCGCGGAAGGUAGUGCAUGAUGGGGAGGAUUAG